AUGUUCAGCUUGUUGUCGAAAUUACAAAAAGGAGCCAAUGCCAAAAUGUGGAAAAGAUUGUUCCACGCCACGGAUUUCGAAUCGUUGAUGUAUCCCUCAUUUACCUUUUGCUACAUCCUUGGAAUAUUCCCGUAUAAGAUCAAUGCUUCGGCCUUCGGAAUUUCGAAACCACGUUACAUUAUUUCGACCGUCGUUAUGUGUGUUUGUUUUAUUGGCUUACUGAGCAGUCUCUAUAUGAUGGACAUUUGUGGAAUCCCGAAGUCGACGGGUGUACCCAGGACUCUCGAGCGUAAUUGCUAUUACAUACUCAGUGGUUUUGCAGCGGUCGUCACGUACAUUUUAAGUGGUCCACGAAUGCGUUUGCUCCAAUCCAUAAUGGAAAUCUCUUGGAAAUUGCCUCCGGAGUCAUACCAGAAGCUAUCCAGACUAAUCCACGCCAAGGAUACCUUAGGUUCCUUAUUUCUAGUUAUACAAAUAUCGAUAUAUUUCACGACAAAUAUCCACAUUAUACUCAAGCUUUUCGUAGCAUACGUUGUCCUGGUAGUAUUUCACAUGGAUAUGAUGUAUAUGAAUUGUGUUUGUGUACUAAAAGCUUGUUUCAAGCAAAUAAAUGAUAAUCUGGAGCAUAUACGGGACCACAUGAUAAAUGAUGAGGUGUAUCAUCUCGAUCGGAUGCACUACAAACAAAGAAGUCCAGUCUUGUUAAUUAAACUAAAGGCCUUGGAAAAGCAGCAUCGAAUGAUUAGUGACGCAGUGCAGAGGAUGAAUAUGAUUUUCAGUUUGCAACUGCUCGUUACCAUAAUUCUAACUUUCAUCGAAAUCACUUUUCAACUCUAUUUUCGUAUAGUGUAUUGGCUAAAGGACAUAUCCGUAAUCAUGUUAGACGAUGAUAUCUAUGAAAUGAUGAUGAUAAUAUUCAUAACGUAUCACUUUACAAAAAUAAUGAUGAUAGUAUGGGCCUGUGAAUCCACCAAGAAUCAGGCUUUGCAGAUCGGCACCACUGUUCACGACGCGUUUAACAGCACCGGCGAUAAUGAAAUCAAAAGCGAGUUGCAAUUGUUUUCCUUGCAAAUUCUUCAUCGCAAAAAUAUAUUCUCCGCGAUGGGUCUUACUGUAGACGCAAGUCUUCUCACUGCGAUGGUGGGUAACAUCAGCACAUAUUUAUUAAUCUUGAUACAAUUUUUAAACAUGAAACAUUUUUGCGCUAAAGAAAUCGCCACAAAUGUUACAGAAAUAAUUCAGUGA